GCCAGCGAACAAAACAAYAUGGCGGUGGUGUUCCAUCGAAGCUUUACCAAAACAUUGCUCCAAACUUGUAGUAGAGCUUUAUCUGUCGUUACUAAAAAGAACUUAGCAUAUUCUCGUGACCAUUCUGUUCCUCCUCUUGCCAAAUAUGGUGGUCGUAAUACAGUUACAUUGAUCCCUGGAGAUGGGAUAGGACCAGAAAUGGUGAUUGCUGUCAAAGAUAUCUUUAGACAUGUUGGAGUGCCGGUAGACUUUGAAGAACUCAAUGUAAGUGGUUUGCAUAUCGUAGACCAAGAUUCCCAUGAAGAUGCCAUGGAUAAUGCCAUAACAUCUAUCAAAAGGAAUGGUGUAGCUAUAAAAGGUAACCUUUUUACCCCACUUGACACAAAUCCAGAUUUCAGAUCACUUAAUCUUGAGUUAAGGCUGCGUCUGGAUCUGUUUGCAAACAUAGUAAGAUGUAAAUCCAUCCCUGGCAUUCGAACAAGGCAUAAUGAUGUAGAUUUGGUGAUCAUUAGACAGAACACUGAAGGAGAAUACAGUCAAUUGGAGCAUGAGAAUGUUCCAGGAGUUGUAGAAACAUUCAAAAUUACUACAGAAGAAAAGUGCAUGCARAUAGCUGAAUAUGCGUUUCGAUAUGCUGAGAGACAUGGUCGCAAGAAAGUAACCGCAGUUCACAAGGCUAAUAUUAUGAAAAUGGGAGAUGGAUUGUUUCUUCGUGUUUGUGAUGAAGAGGCUAAGAAAUAUCCUAAUAUUGAGUAUAACAGCAUGAUUAUUGAUAACUGUUGUAUGCAGUUGGUCAGUAAUCCACAACAGUUUGAUGUGAUGCUGUUACCUAAUCUGUAUGGAAACAUUGUCAGCAAUAUUGGGGCAUCUUUGGUUGGAGGGCCAGGAAUUGUACCUGGAGAAAAUAUUGGCCCRGAUUAUGCUGUCUUUGAAUCUGGCUCCAGGCAUACUGGUUUGGAUAUCAAAGGUCUUGGCAUCUCUAAUCCAGUUAGUAUGUUAUUCGCAAGCACCUUGAUGCUGGAGUAUCUUGAGUUCACUGCCUAUGCAGACCUUAUCAAUAAAGCAAUAAUGGAUGUGAUAGGCAAAGAAAUUCUUACAGCUGAUGCUGGCGGAAGUGCAUCGACUACGGACUUCCUUGCCGCYCUGAAGGACGAAUUGGAUGCCUCUCCAAGAGUGAAACAAAUCUAUUGAUUAUCUUUGAUAAUAUGUAAUAAUUGAAUACUAUCUAGUAGUGCAUUGAAUAUAAUAAAAUCAUUGUAUCAAAUACUCA